AUGUUGUCGUUGCGUAGUGUGCUUAGCUUGGCCUUCAUGGCUCUAUUGGGCAUGUCUGUGAAUGGAGAACAACCCGUCUUGACAAUCCAUGGCAGCGGUACAACGAAUCCCUCCAAAUGCUAUUGGCAUAUCAUGGACAAGAUGGAAGCUCGCGCCAAAGCUCCGUUGCACAUGACGUACCGUGCCAUUGGCUCUUCGUCGGGUCAAGCCGAGUUUACUCCGUCCGACCCCAAGCCAUUGACGUACUUUGGAUCGGGAGAUAUUCCCUUGAAAUCCGAUAUCUACGAUGGACUCUCGGCGACCGAAACGGUCCUCCAGUUGCCCGUCUUUGUCGGAGCCGUUUCCUUUUUUCAUUCGGUGCCCAAUACUCCCACACUCAAUCUUACUGCGUGUACUCUAGCCAAAAUCAUGAAUCGAGAAAUCACCAACUGGGAUCACGAAGAAAUCAAAUCCAUCAAUCCGGAACUCAAGGUGCCUUCGGGAGGUUUGGAUAUUCGAGUGGCUCGUAGAAUUGAUGGAUCUAGUUCUACUUCUGGAAUCACUGGGUACUUGGCCAAGGCGUGUGAUACUGUAUGGCCCGCGGACAAGACCGGCUCCAAGAUUGACUGGGCUCCUGGCACGCUGGAAUGCCAGGGAUCCGGUGGAGUCGUCGACUGCAUUACCGAACAACCCGGCACUAUUGGCUAUUUGGAUGCCGGACACGGACAUGGCGCUGGAUUGGAAGAAAUUUACGUCCAAAAUAGUUUUGGAACCAAAUUGACCACCACACAAUCCGCCCGUCAAGGAGGCAUUGCCGGUGCCGCCGAUGUCGAUGGAUUGUUGCCCGAUAAGGCAUCCGACGAUUUCAGUAGUGUCUCGCUCCUCAACCAACCGGGUGAAUUCACGUGGCCCAUUGCCGCCAUGACAUAUGUCUAUGUGCGUCAGGAUUUGAGGUUUAUUGAAACACCACAGGAACAGGCACUCCUCAAGGCAUUCCUCCAAUCGCUCUAUGAUGAUUCCUACGUCCAGCAGUGCGUCGAUGCCUACGAGUUCUCCAAGGUUGAUGGACGCGCCUUGAAUAUCUCCUUGGCGGCCAUUGAUUCCUUGAUUCUCAACGAGACUGCAGAACCCUUUGUCUUUGAACAAGAUACCGAAUUGUUGAAUGCCACGGGAGAUUGGUACAUUUCUGCCAAACGCAAAUCCGCCGCCGAAGUCGAAAUCGAUGUCUUGACCACUGCCAACCAACAGCUUCAGUCUCAAGUCACCGAGUUGGAACGGGUCGUUCAGCAAGCCAUGUUGGCCAUUAACACGUUGGAGGGAAGUGCUACUACGAGCAACGGUUCGGGCGGCAGUCCCACAUUGGUCGAAACCAAUGAAGCACAGACUGGAGCCGGCUCGUCGGAAGAAGAACAAAACAACCAGAUUGCCGCCGCUCUCGCCAUGAGUAUCAUUUCUAUCAUUCUCAGUGGCAUUAUGCUCGCCGUUGUCUGUGUCCGAACCACCGUCGGAAAACACGACAGUGGUGCCACUCAAAAUGGCGGCAUGCAUGCCUGA